AAGAAAAAUCCAACCACAACAUUACAGCAACGUUUAUCACUACUGACCGCUGACGUGACACUUCACUGAAACUCUGAAAUUAUUGUCAGUUAUGUUAAAAUGUCUAAAAGGAGUUUCAGUAGUUGACAGGUCAAGCUUGUAUUCCAGUGGGAAGUUGACUCCUUGUCGAGUCUCGGGCUAUGAGUGUGGAUUAUGGAGGAUAGUCAAGGUGGGGACGUGGACUACCUGAUCCAAGAUGAGGACACCAUCAUAGAGGGCGUCAGCAACCAGGUCUUAUUUGUUGUGGUCCUCAGUUUUACUUUCCUAGCAGGCAUCCUCACWUUGCUCUGCAGACAGGAGGAGCAAAAUAUUCAUCCUGAGAAUCAGGAGCAUGUUCGAGUUGUCCGCCAACAGCUUCAAACCGAGCAGGACGAAAGUCCUCAGGCAGAGGCCAGYCAGCAGUUUUACGCAGACAUGUCCUGCCCUGUGUGUUUACAACAGGCUGUUCUUCCUGUGGAAACUAACUGUGGACACCUUUUCUGUGGUUCUUGCAUCAUAGCUUACUGGAGGUAUGGCACCUGGCUGGGUGCUAUCAAUUGCCCAAUCUGCAGACAAAUGGUAACACUGCUCUUCCCACUCUUCCAUGAAACCGCCUCUCCUCAGAGGGUGCAGGAUGAUGAAGCAGAACCUCAGCUUAUGUUAAGAGACAUCAACGAUUACAACCGUAGGUUCUCAGGGCAGCCAAGAUCUAUAAUGGACAGACUGCGCGAUGUACCCACCCUGCUUCGUCACGCCUUCAGGGAGAUGUUUUCUGUGGGCGGACUCUUCUGGAUGUUCAGGAUUCGAAUUCUUCUCUGUCUUAUAGGUGCCGUCACCUACCUGGCCUCCCCGCUCGACAUUCUCCCCGAAGCACUUUUCGGCCUUCUGGGUUUGCUGGACGAUUUCUUCGUGAUCCUCCUGUUGUUUGUGUACAUUUCCAUCAUGUACAGAGAAGUGGUCACUCAGAGACUGAACGGCUAGACGAUAAUUUAUUUGGAGGCUUUGAAAGGAGUGAAGCUGAUAUAUGAAACGAAWAUGUUUGUGAMGUCUUUCAAUGAGUUUUUUUUUUCAAUGCUCAAUUCCAGAUUGAUUUUUUCUCUCUGAAGCUUUUCUUUAACCUGUAACUCUACAUAUUCAUGACAACUUGAAAAGCACAGCUUGUUAAACUUUUGAGAAACCCUGGAUGAUUCUGCAGUUUUAAGUUUAAUGAUAUUUACUUUAAAUAAUCAGWAGCUCACUACAUGAUUCUCUACAACCAGAGUGUGGACAAAACACAUUUAUUACAUGUCAACUUUUCCAAAUGCUUAAAUAAAAGUGGUAAAGCAGUGAUUUAUUAUAGAUUUUUUAAAGCCAAACUGGAAUUGUAGAGAUAAUCUUAGACUGUAAUGAAUGUAAAACAUCUCACAAAAAAUAAAUGUGAAAUAAUUUGUGUUUUUUUUUUUGUUUUUGUUUUUAGUUUCUCAUUUAUGGAUAAUUUAAAAUUUUGUGUGAACCAGUGGGUGAAAAUACAUUCAGAUUUCACAAAAUUUAAAUGUAUUUUUCUGUUCAUAGUUGAUGUACAGAACAAAUUAAUAUUUCUAUUUGUUGAAGCUGACAUGUUAAAAUUGUAAAUAGUUUGGUAAGUGGUGUAUGUUUUUGGCACGGUGGMUUUUUUUUUCAGGGUGUGGAAUAAAUAAGUGCAAAAUCUUUUUAAGGAACUUCAGUUUUGUGCAGAAAAACUCAGCCUUUUUAUUGUUUUGACUUUGAUCUUUCUAAAUGAACCAACCGCCAUUGAUUGUAUUGACUGGUCUUAUAUUUCCUGGUUAUUUUUUGGAGGGGAAAAAAAUAUCCCAUUUAUUUCAAAAGUCUGUGGCUCCAGCAGCCUUUUGACUGUUUUUUGACACAAACAGGUCCCCGAUAAAAUAAUGUAUCCAGGCAGCUCCCACCCCCUGCGACUAUGAACAAAACUAAACUGAUACAAAAUUAAUUUAUAGAUGAAUGUCCAGAUAAUACUUGUUCCCUGACCUGAUUAAAUAAAUUUGUAAACAUGCAUAAACAA